AUGAAGUCAUUCCUCUCGCUUUUUGUCUUCCUUUUCGCUGCAGCAGUGCACGCUGCUAGUGCCGGCGGCGACAGACUGCUUGUGCUUUUGGAUGAUGUCGCCGAGAAGGACGUUUAUUCGACAUUUCUGGGUGAUCUAGAGGGCCGGGGAUUCAAGAUCGACUACGAGACACCCAAGAGCGAGAACCUGCACCUAUUCCACUUAGGCGAACGCGUCUACGAUCAUAUCUUGUUUUUCCCUACCAAGACCAAGGGUCUCGGACCCAACUUGACACCCAAUAUCCUCGUCAAGUUUAUCAAUGCCCACGGCAACAUCCUUGUGACUAACAGCGCCUCCACGACCAUCCCCACCUCUCUCGUCGGCCUUCUCAACGAACUCGAUAUCUCACUCCCCGCUGAGCGCACCGGCCUGGUGGUCGACCACUUCAACUAUGAUACCCUCAGCGCCGACGAGUCGCAUGACGUUUUGGUUCUCCCUGCGCCUCACCCCCUGCGACCCGGCGUCAAGGACAUUUUCGAAGCUGGGGCGGACGACGUCCUUGCCUUCCCCUCCGGAGUAGGCCAUGUCCUGGGCUCGAGCGCACUGCUGAACCCGGUUGUCCGAGCGACCAAGACGGCGUACAGCUACAACCCCAAGGAGCAAGGCGACGUCGUUGAUCCGGAUGAUUUGUUAGCAGCGGGCCAGCAGCUGGCGCUGGUCUCGACGUUCCAAGCACGUAACUCGGCACGUCUGUCGCUCAUUGGUUCGGCGGAGAUGCUGAGCAACAAGUGGUUCGACGCCAAGGUCAAGAAGUUGGGCGGAGAUAAGGUCGGCACUUGGAACCGGGCCUUCGCGAAGAAGAUCUCCGGGUGGACGUUCCAGGAGAUUGGCGUGCUGCGGGUGAACACGAUUGAGCAUCAUCUCGCCGAGCCGGGCGUCGAAAGCGAGCCGAAUCCCAAAAUUUAUCGCGUCGGCAACAAUGUGACGUACUCUAUUUCUAUGUCCGAGUAUUCUUGGGACAGCUGGGCCCCAUUCAUUCUGCCCGAGGAUGAUGACCUCCAGCUCGAGGUCAGCAUGUUGUCGCCCUUCUUGCGUAUGAAUUUGGAGCUCGUCGAUAAGAGUACCGACGCCUCCACAUACACACGCUCGUUCACGCUGCCGGACAAGCACGGCAUCUUCAACUUCCUGGUCAACUACAAGCGGCCUUUCUUCACCAGCGUCGAGGAGAAGAACACCUUCACGCUCCGCCACAUGGCGCACGAUGAAUGGCCCCGAUCCUACGCCAUCGUAGCCGGUUGGCCGUGGCUCCUGGGCAUGUUCCUCACCUUCGGGGGGUUCCUGCUUUUCUGUGCAGUCUGGAUGUACAGCGCACCUGCGAGGCCGACAACCACGAAGAAGACUCAGUAA